AUGCUUCGAAGCUUACCUCACUGCGGAAAGGUUCGAAGGCGGCAGCGGUCAGGCGGUGGCGCGGUGGAAGUUGGUAGUGGGAUGGGAGGUGGUGGCGCGGUAAGGAGUGGUGGCGUUGUGGGAGGUCACGCGGUGGCGUGGUGGCCCGGUCGGACGCUGGCUCCCGCGGUGGCUGUGGGAGGAGAGAGAAUGACGGUGGGGAAGAAGCUUGGAAUUGCAGGAGUGAAACAGUAUUUAAUGUAA